GGCUCCAGCAUUAAUUGUCAGUAUCAGCUGCUCCUAGCUUCUAGGCAGUCCUCUGAGUCCAGCACUAGACUCCGAGGACAAUAAUCAGUAAGCACUUAGCUUCGGAAGGAGAGAAGAUUCGAGUAAUCCGGCUCUUACCACCAUGCUAAGUGUUUUGGAUGUUCAGUUGCUGACCUGAACCUGAUCUGUUCCUUUCAAAUCAGAACUGUUCAUUCACAGUGGAAGGGACCAGGCAGACAAAUGGAGACACCAUCAGUAAAUCCAACGGGAGAGAAGGACACCUCUCAACUGAAGCAACAAUGGGAAAGGAACCCCCAGGAAAACUUUGAUUCAACUACUGAGUUUAGGCAGCAGACCCAAAACCUUCCUACUGAAACCCUUGAGCUGAAAAUGAGUUCAGAUCCAGCCAGGCAAUUUAUAGAGAAUCCUCAAGGGACUGAAAAACUGGUCACUAGACUUGAAGGAGACUCUGAAAAAUCUCAUGAAUCAACUCGUGAGAUGCCAGAGUUCCUUCAAGCAUCGGAUGUCUGGUACUGUCCUGAUGGGAGCUUUAUCAAGAAGAUCAUAAUCCGUGGCCAAGGCUUGGACAAACCCAAGCUAGGUUCCCGCUGCCGGGUACUUAUUUUGGGGUUCCCUUUAGGGUCAGGGUUGCCAGAAGGCUGGACAGAGCUAACUGUGGGUGUUGGGCCUUGGAGGGAGAAAACUUGGGGAGAACUCAUAGAGAAAUGCUUAGAGUCCAUGUGUCAAGGUGAGGAAGCAGAACUUCAGCUCCCUGGGCACUCUGGGCCUCCUUUCAGGCUCACUCUGGACUCCUUCACUCACGGCCGGGACUCCUGGGAAUUGGAGAUCAGCGAGAAGGAGGCCCUGGCCAAAGAAGAACAUGCAAGGGGCUCAGAACUAUUUCGGGCUGGAAACCCUGAAGGGGCUGCCCGAUGCUAUGGACGGGCUCUUCGGCUGCUGCUCACUUUACCCCCACCUGGUCCUCCAGAACGAACUGCUCUUCAUGCCAAUCUUGCUGCCUGUCAGUUGCUGCUCGGGCAGCCCCAGCUGGCAGCCCAGAGCUGUGAUCGGGUGCUGGAGCGGGAUCCUGGCCAUUUAAAGGCUUUAUACCGUAGAGGGGUUGCCCAGGCUGCCCUUGGUAACCUGGAAAAAGCAACGGCUGACCUCAAGAAAGUGUUGGCAGUAGACCCCAAAAACCGAGCAGCCCAGGAAGAGUUGGGGAAGGUGGUCAUUCAGGGGAAGAAACAGGAUGCAGGGCUGGCUCAGGGUCUGCGCAAGAUGUUUGUCUGAUUAAAAGUUAAGAGGAACCUGUGAA